AUGAGCGACCCCCGUUUUGCUCGACUACAGACAGACCCGCGCUUCAGGCGCCCCAAACAGAAGCAGCUCAAAACCGAAAUCGACGACCGUUUCAAGGAUGUGCUGUCCGAAGACUUCGGCAAGAUCAAGGGCAAAGGUGAGCAGGGCAAAAUUUCGACAGGAAUACAGAAGCUGAUGUCAGCUCGCGUUGACAAACGUGGACGCGCCCUUGCCUCGACCAGCGGUGCGGACGAGAUGAAGCGAUUCUACCGUCUCAAGUCCCCGGAGGGAGAUGAGGAGGAGAAGAAGCCAAUCGACUACGCCCGUGGAGAAGGUUACCUUUCUUCUUCCGGAUCUGAAGAUGAGGACAGCGAGGACGAGGAGUCCGAGAUUGAGGAGGACGUCAUCGAGAUUGGUGGCAAGCAGCGGUUACGGCCACAUCAGCUUCAGGCCGACAGUGAAUCUGACUCGGACGACGACCAGCUGAAGGUCGACCUAUCCGAGGACGAGGGAGGCAUCAACCUUGACGAGGACGAAGAGGAGGAUGAGGAGGAGGAGGACGAAGGGCCCGGCGUUGACCCCACGACGCGUCUCGCUGCCGUCAACCUCGACUGGGACAACAUGCGCGCCGACGACCUGUUCAUUCUGUUCAACUCGUUCCUGACGCCCGUCGUUCGCAAGGGCGAGGCCGCUCCUCCGCCGCCCGGCAAGCUUCUCAGCGUGAAAAUUUACCCUUCGGAGUUCGGCAAGCAGCGCAUGGCCAAGGAGGAUGCGGCCGGACCGGGCGGAGGUAUCUUCAAGGUCGCCGAGAAGAAGAAGAGCAAGACGCCUCAGCGUAAGCAUAAGCCCGAGAGCUCGGAUGAGGAAGACAGUGACGACGAGGAGGACGAGGAGAUGAGCGAGGACGAAGAGGGCUCCGACGACGAGGAACUGGAGGACGACGGGUUGGACGCCGAAAUCGACAAUCUCGAGAUCGUGUCCGACGUGGAGUCCGUCAACGGGGAGGAGGACAUUGACAUGGACAAGCUCCGCCAGUACCAGCUCGAGCGACUCCGUUACUACUACGCCAUCGCGACGUUCUCGACUGUUGAGGCUGCCCAAGCCGUCCACGAUGAGCUGAAUGGUUCCGAGUUCGAGCGCACCGCCAACAUCCUCGAUCUCAGCUACGUGCCCGAGGACAUGACCUUCGCCGAGGACGAGGUCCACGAUGAGGCCACGAAGGAGUCCAAGUCCUACAAGGGCAACGACUUCGUGACCGACGCUCUGCGCCACUCCAAGGUGAAGCUCACCUGGGACCAGGACGACCCGAACCGUGCCAAGAUGACGCGCCGUGCUCUCACGCGUGAGGAGAUCGAGGACGCGGACUUUGGCAAUCUCGUCGCCGCCUCAAGUGACGAGGAAGUCGAGGAGGAGGAGCCCGAGGACGAGAUGCCCGCCGAGAAGAAGUCGAAGAAGGCCAAGGCCAAGGAGCGCAAGGAGAAGCUGCGCUCGCUACUGCUGCAGGCCGAUGACGAAAACGGCGACAUCUGGGGUAAGCAGGGCACUGCCUGGCAGGAGGAGCUUGCGGACAUCAAGGGCGACAAGGCGGCGAAGGAGGAGGCUGUCGAGAUUACUUUCAAGCCCGGACUCAGCAAGGAUGCCGAGGACGAGAACCUGACGAGUCUCGAGCGGUAUAAGCUCCGCAUGAAGGAGAAGAAGCGGGAGAAGAAGGAGAAGAUGGAGCUGAAGCGUGCCGAGAAGGACGACGGCAAGAAGUCCAAGCCCAAGGACGACUUCUUCGGCGACAGUGACUCGGAGAGCGAGGUCGAGGUCGAGACCAAGCCCAAGAAGGGCAAGGAGGCCAAGGGCAAGUCCAAGGCCAAGGCUGAGAAACCCGUCGAGGACGACGACAACGGCAUGGACGGUAUCGUUGAGGACGACGUCCACCACCACUUCAGCAUGAAGGACGUUCUCGCCGCUGAGAAGGAGAAGAAGGCCGGCAAGAAGCGCAGCAGAAAACGCAAGGGCAAGGCUGGACCUGACCACGUCCCCGAGCUUGGUCCCGAUGGCUUCAAGGUCGACGUUUCCGAUCCCCGUUUCUCUGCCAUGUACUCUGAGCCCGCGUUCGCCCUCGACCCGACACACUCCAAGUUCACGGAUAUCCCGGCGAACCGUGAGAUCCUCAAGAAGACCCGUGAGGCCCACUCUGCUGCUCGAGGAGGAGCGGCCAACGGCACCGACGGAGGGGAGAGCAAGGGUCUCGGCGACCUCGUUCAGAGCGUCAAGCGCAAGGCCGAGGGAAGCGGAAGGCAUCGUAAGCGCUCAAGAAAGUAG